AUGGCGCGCCAAUUCCAUUUGUGCUUCUUCCUGACAGCGGCCCUCCAAAUAUUACUGACGGAUGCUGCAGCGCACCUCGGCACCCUAGCGACACUCCUCAACCACGAAGCUGACAAUUUAAAAGCCAUGGCAGUGACCCUGAAAGCGCAGGAGGAGGACGGCGGUCCUGACUAUCGGGACGAGAUGGAGGAACUCGCUGCCGUACAGGCUGUUGGCGUGGGCACAAGUAUGCUGAAAAUGGCUGGCGACACAUUGAGCUCUCGGGUCGGAGCAGAAGGCGCUCUCCGAGGUGGCCGAACUGGGUCUCUGACAUCGGAGCCCGUGGAGUUGCAGGCACAGCAGGCGAGCGAAGCCAGUAUCGAGAUGACGCCCUACGUGCAGACACGGCCGCCACUUGGGCGUAUGGAGGGGGGCUUGGAUCCCGAGGAGAAGCGAUUGCAAUCCCUGCUGGAAAUGCGCACGCAAGCUGCUACAGGUAGAUUGUACUUUCUUACAUCUAGUUCAGCAUAUGUGUCGAAGGCGUGCAAAAGCAUUUGCUGGCCUGUGUUUCUGCCCCGGGGCGUGUGGCAUUGUGUCCCAUGGCUUCAAAACAUGGCUGCAGCCUGCCGCAGCUGCGGUAGCAAGACGAAGGCCUCCCUUUUGUUAUUGAUCAUCAUUCUUCGGCAGUUGUCCUGCUGCGCGGCAAGUGAGGAUGAAACUUUGGCUGAAAGCUAUGACAGAUCUGGCAAGUGUGCAGAUGCUCAGACAGGUUCGUCUUGCCGAGAAGCUCGAAGCCAGAGGCACUGGCCUCACACUCAGCCCCUAAAGGAGGCUCAUUUGCAUGAAGCCGUGAGGCCUGUUCCCAAAGGAUGGAGCAAGGCAAAGGCGUCAAUCCUUCAGCAGGAAAUGCAGGAAUUAGAGCUCCUGUCCGAGUUGUAUCAGCAACGCCUGGGCAUGCUGGAGGACCUACAGAAGGGUCUGCGAAUGGGGCUUGGAAGACACCUGCCUUCGUCGAAUGUUCGGGCACUUCAGCAGAGCAUGCCUCCACUCUCCGAACAAGUUUUGCUCGGAGUGCCGCCUGCUGCGGUGACGGAUGAGGACUACUCCGACGAAGUAAGUGAAUCGGCAGCAGGAAGCACUUCGACGGCGACUGCCAUCGACGAUUUCUUGGUAUCCAAAGCAGUGAUUCCACAGGAACCCCCCGCGACGCACAUCGGACUGAUGCCACUGCGAAACCACCGGUCAUCAGCCCCAGCUCCAACAUCCCAGGUUGCGAUGCCCACCGUACUUCUGGUGGUUGUUCAAGCAGACGGCGACAUUUGCUUGUACACUGCGUCUGGAGAUCUGGCAUUGGCAUUCCCGUCCGGGCAUAAACAGGCAAUUGUGCAAAUGACUGUGUCGCCAAUGCAGGACGAGUACGUCGUCGCGACUGUGGAUUCGACAGGGGUUAUGAGGGUACACCGACUUUUUGUGCGCCCGCGACGCGGCCCACAAGAACAGAGGCGAAGGGUCACCAAUCCGGAUGAAGAGAAGUGCGAACCUGCUGUCACUUCCUUGCAUCGAAAUGCAAUCAGCCAGAGCGUGGUUCUGAAAUACACUGCCAUGGUGGUCAGUCCGGCUUGGCCUGCAGAGAUCUUGAUGCCCAAUGCCGUGCAAAGUCCGGACAGAGCACAAGACCCAGUAACACCUCGGCAGCGGAAGCAGUCGAUUUAUGCGUCGUCUUUGUCAAUGCAUGGCGCUCUCGUGGCCGACAAGAAGAACCCUAUGGACCCAUGCCGGCAAAUGCAGGUAAACGGCGACAUUGAGAAGGCAAGAUCGGCUCAGGAGGCCCGGGGACACUUCAACAUGCCGAGCCCUCGUGACUGCAAGGCAACCAUGCUGCAAGGUAGCGGAACUGUCCAAGUGACUGAUGGGUCCCCGCGAAAAGGUUAUGGAUCGCCCAAGAAGACCACAACUGUGCAAUUCUUCAUUGACACUGACGAACGUCCUGUGCAGGCACAAGCGCAUCGCGUCGACCUGAAAACCAAGAACGAGUACUGGACGCAGAGCUCCAACAUGAGCUCAUUGGAUACCCGUGGUGAGCUCAUUCGACACAAGGAUGCACGAGACUCGUGGACCCAGCUCAGCUGCAGCGCACGGAAGCAAUGCGACAUGCAGUCACAAGUGCUCGGCGGAUCUUCGAAGCCUUCGACGUCUCGGCAUGUGCCCAGACUCGUGGCGCGGGCUGGCUUGUCACCGCGCAACUACUCUUUGCAAGAAAUCAGGUUGCCACUCGGCCAUCGCGAGCACAAGGCCAAUGAGAUGGCCACUUCAGAAGAGAGCCCGCUAAGUGCACGCGGGCCACGGCCAACCAAGUCGAUGAGCCCUCGGAGCACUAUGGAAGCGUUUCGUGACAGUACCAACGAUGCAUCAAGGCGAGGGAACAGUCAGUUCACUGAUCUCAGGAGCUUUGAGAUGCAUGCGGCUGCAAAGUCGCCACGGCGCAGUGAAAUGCAUGAUGUUGCGACCACAUAUUGGGCGAACAGCACGACAGAAAUAUCACGGAAGAAUGCGCAGCGACAGCAGAGACGCGGCGGUCAAGUGGAUGAUGCAGUGGAGACAGCGGGAACUCUGAUUCACCAGUCAUCACCCAGGCUGUGUGAGGAGAGCGAGCACGACAGAAAGAUCUGGAAGGACGAGCGAGUUUGCGCAUCGUCCGGUAUGCAAACAUCCGCAGAAAUCGCUCGUCGAAGGCGGGAGCUUCAAUCAAGCAAGUCCAUGGGAGACUUGCCUUCUCCAACUAUGUCCGCAUCGGAGCGAAAGAGAGUUGAUCUGGCAUCCGGACAAGUUCGUGUAGCUGCAGGAAUCCCGUUGAAGAAGCACGACGAUGGCAGUCCUUCAAGCUGGGCAUCUCCGCGUUCCAUGCGGGCCACGGUGACGCAGCCACCAUGCACAAAAUCUGCUGUUCGAAACCUCAUGAACCAACCGAGCAUGUCAAAGUUUCGAAACCUGGAGCCGGAAUCGCCACAAGCGCGGAAGAUCCAAGAACAAAGAAGCAGCUUCGCGCUUCUUUGA